CCUCUUCCUCCUCCUCGCCGUCUGCUUCAGUGUCCUCAAUGUAAACACCGCGUCCGCGCGCUUUUGUUGUUGUAAUUCUAGGGGUUUUUUGCGCGCCUCGCCUUUUUUGCGCACCUGUCGUUUUUUGCGCGCCUCGCCUCGCCUCGCCAUGCCAUGGAUAUCCUGUGGCAAUACCAGUUCAGGAUCAUCUUGCUGGGCGACUCCACCGUGGGCAAAUCCUCUCUGCUCAAGAGGUUCACGGACGGCGUGUACAGCGACGUGGCUGACCCCACGGUCGGUGUGGAUUUCUACGCGCGCUCGCUGGACAUCGAGCCUGGGGUGAAGAUAAAGCUGCAGCUGUGGGACACCGCCGGCCAGGAGCGAUUCAGGUCCAUCACCACUUCCUAUUACCGUAACUCGGUGGGCGGCCUCCUGGUCUUCGACCUGACCAAUCGGAAAACCUUCGACCACGUGCGGGAGUGGCACCGCGAGGUCAGCGAGCACAUCCUGCCGCACCACAUGGUCUACAUCCUGGUGGGCCACAAGAGCGACCUGAACCGGGAGCGCAAGGUGUCUCGGGACGAGGCGGAGCAGCUGGCGGCCGAGCUGGGCGUGCGCUACGUGGAGACGUCGGCCAAGUGCAACAGCAACGUGGAGCGUGCCUUCGAGCUGCUCACGCGCGACAUCUACGAGCUGAUGAAGAUGGGCGAGAUCUCCACCCGCGACGGCUGGGACGGCGUGAAGAGCGGCCUGACCGCCAAGGUCCUGUACCCGGCCGAGGAGGAGGCGGAGAGGGAGAAGAGCUGCAACUGCUGACUCGGGCCGACCGCACUUUAACCUUUCACCUGUUUGUGUCCGUGUCAGUCCGUCGCUCACUUUUCACGCCUUCGCUCCCCCUGUCGGGCCUCGGCGAGGGCCCAGGGACGCCAUCGCACCGCUCGCCCCCUGCACUGUUGUCGUCGUCGGUCUCCACGCUGGGAAAAUGCAGUUUCGUGAACUAAGCUUCUCUGAAUUGGAUAGACCUCAGGUUGGAUAAAUCUGAGCCUGGAUGGACAGAGCACAGCUCUGAGGGAGAGCCAUCAGCUCCAGGAAGACGUCUCGGAAGUGUCGUUGUUGAAAGACUUGGUGCCAGACUUCUGUUUUUGUGUUCACAGGGUUCCCCAUGUUCUCUUCCAGCUGUAAAGCUCUUGUUCCUUUUGUCGUAUAGUGAUGAGACCCUCAGAAGUCAUGCAUUUAGAGGCCACGACACACUGACCCAACAUGCCAACUAAGUAGGGAUGUGCAUUCUGAGUGAUUUUGACAUCUGUAAGAGUUAAACAAUGGAAAAAUUAUUCAGCUGACAACAACAAUUCUCAUAAUCAAGGUGUCCAUUGUGACGCCCUUUUCUAAAAUCUUGAACUUAAAUGGGGGACGGACGCCCCUAGAUUGGCAGCAGUGCUUAAUUCAGUGGAUACUUAGCUAUAGCCACUUUUCCACUGCAUGGUAUCCGCUCGACUCGACUCUAAUCGGCUUUUUUUGGUUUUCCACCAGGCAAAUCUGGUACCUGAUACCUGGUACCGGGUACUGUUUUUGGUACCACCUCCAUCAAGGU